AUGAAGCAACCACUACAAAGUCGAUUAAUUAUAUAAGAUGCAAGAAGAAAGAAUUUAAGUGCCAUUGCUCUUAUAGAUCCAUCACCUAAGUAAGUCACAAUAAGAAAGGCUUCUAUUGGAACUUUCAAGAAUAAAGAAAAUAUUAAUAUUAAUGAAACAUAGAAGUAAAAAACUCCAUAGAAUACAAAUACAGAAGACAUUAGAAAAUAAAUUAGCUAACUUAUUAAAAGAACAACUCAAUAAUAGAGGACUAAAUUAAAAAAAAUAGACAUUGUCUGUGAAGAAUAAAUAGAAAUUAAUGAUAAACAAGAAAGCAUUUUUGA